ACUCGCGCCAAGUUUGGUAUCGUGUUUAGUAGGAUAGAGUCGAGUGUGGUGACUGGCACUCUCGGAAGUGAGUAGAUAGUCUCAGAAAACUAAUCAGCUGUGUCUACUGAAUAGAAGUGCUCAAUAUGGAGUCUCCCGUCAUAUCGAUCAGUCCGAGACACUACAUCCAUGUGCUGAACUUAAAUACGCAUGUCACCACCCUGAUUGCUGGACCGAAAACCUACGUUUGCCAGAGAGAUGAAAAGGUUGUUUUGGGGCCACAAGAGCUGACUGUCGUUCCGGCGAUGAUGUACUGCAUUAUUCUUAAUCCUGUGAUAAAGAAUAAGGAUGGCGUUCCAGUUGUUGACGAAUUUGGACAAGUUAAGGUUAAGAUGGGUGAUGAAGAGUACCGCUUCUCUCAAGAUCCGUUUCCUUUAUAUCCGGGUGAAGCACUUAAAGAUACUAUAAAACCACUCCCUAUUGUACUUCCGAACUCAGCACUCAGGCUGAGAGCCGUUUCGGAUUUCGAAGAUGGGAAUAUUAAACGCAUAGCUGGAGAGGAAUGGCUGUUUGAAGGCCCAGGUACUUAUUAUCCUAGAAAGGAAGUAGACAUCGUGAAAUGUGAAAAGGCGAGAGUAAUCCUUGUUAAUUCUGCUCUUGUGAUUGAAGCGACAAAAGACUGUGUUGACCGUAGUGGUGUUUCUCGUGUUUUUGGCGAGCGUUGGCUGGUUGCGACUCCAGGUGCAUAUCUGCCUGGUGUCUAUGAAGAGAUUGUUGAAGAGCGCAAAGCUAUUACGUUAACGGAAAGGCGAGCUAUAUGCGUCAAGGCUAUCAAAUCGCAUGUUGACAAGUUUACAAAAUAUCGUAAGGCUGGUGAAGAAUGGUUAAUCACUCAUGAAGAUGCAGAAUAUCAUAUUUGUGGUGCACUUGAAGAGUUUGUGAGGGAAGUUGAAGUGACUGUACUGCAUGCCCAUCAGUAUUGUGUUAUAGUGAACCCCUGGGAUGCAAAUGGGGUACAUCAGCUAGGUAGAAAGUUGCUUGUACGUGGUGAGAAGUCGUUCUUCUUAAGACCAGGUGAAUACUUGGAAAAUGAUGUUGAAGAUGCAUAUGUUUUACAAAGUGAUGAGGGUCUAAUUCUGCGAGCAAGAGAACAGUUUGUGGAUGAGAUUUGUGAAGAUGUUCAGUCAGAUGAAGAUUCCGUGAUGAAAAAGAAAGUGAUUCGUCGUGCUGGUGAUCGAUGGAUGUUACGUGGACCUAUUGAGUAUGUACCUCCUGUUGAGGUGGAGGUGGUAACUCGUCGAAAUAUCAUUCCUCUUGAUUGCAAUGAGGGUAUCUAUGUUCGUAAUACACAGACAGGACAGGUUCGAGCUGUUAUUGGUCAAGCCUACAUGUUGAACCAAGAUGAGGAGUUGUGGGAAAAGAAACUUCCGACUGAGGUUGUCCAGUUGUUGGAAAGAAAUAUGGACCCAUUUGCGGAUCGUGGAGUUCGGUCCAUGCAGGACUCAUGUGAAUGUCUUGAUCCAACUCGUGUAGUUACUUUCCGUGUUCCACACAAUGCUGCGGCCCAAGUCUACAAUUACAAGAAUAAAAGGGCGAGAGUUGAGUUUGGACCAAAUUUAGUUAUGUUGGAUCCAGAUGAACAGUUUACUCGUCUGAGUUUGAGUGGUGGGAAACCGAAGAAACCGAACGUGAUUAAAAGUCUUUGUUUAUUGUUAGGCCCAGAUUUCUGUACAGAUGUUGUGAUUGUUGAGACGGCGGAUCAUGCUCGCUUGUCUUUACAACUGUCAUACAACUGGAUGUUUGAUGUGUCUUCAUCGUGCAGUGAGGCAGAUGCUGCUAAAUUAUUCUCAGUACCAGAUUUCAUUGGUGAUGCGUGUAAAGCUAUUGCAUCUCGUGUUCGUGGGACUGUUGCAUCUGUUCACUUUGAUGAUUUUCAUAAGAAUUCGUCACGGAUAAUUCGUGCAUCCGUUUUUGGAUUGGAUGAAGCGGGAAAGAUUCGAGAUCGAUUUGUUUUCCCACAAAACAACCUGCAUAUUACAAGUGUUGAUGUCCAGUCUGUAGAGCCAGUAGACCAACGAACUCGAGAUUCAUUGCAGAAAUCAGUUCAACUCGCCAUUGAGAUAACGACGAAUUCUCAAGAAGCAGCUGCUCGGUAAGGAAGUCCUGCCUACUUUGCAUAUUGAUGAAAAUUAGUCUAGAAGGUCUCAUGAAAGCCAGGGAAAGAAGUUGGAUAGUGUGUAAGAGAUUCAUAUUACGUGACGGGUUUUGAUAAUUGUUUGGUAUUCCCCGAGCUUUGCUGUUUGUUCUUCGAGGUUUCAUCACCAGGUGACCAGUUGACCUCCUCAGCAUUUACUGCAUCCAUGCUUCUAUAAAAGGUAAAGACUGAUGCAGCUGACUAGUCUGGUGCUGAAAUGUCCAGGAGCAAAGCUUAAAGCUCGGAGAACAUCAAACAGUUUUCAACUGCGAAUCUUCUCUACUCUCUCGUAAUGGCUUUGUUUCAGCUACAAGGAGACCGUGUGUAGUACAGAAUAAAUUACUAUAGAGUAGCAUACUUAGUUUGUUGCGUGAGAAGAGCACAAAUAGAAUUGAGAUUUAGUGAAAGCUGAGGUUCAGAAUGACAAACUGCCUUCAUGGUUGUGUGAUUAUCUAUUGAAGUGAGUUGGCUUUGGUGAUUGUGUUCUCAUGCCAAAUGCUUUGAGUAACCAGUUUCCAAAUCUACAAUGCCUGCAUGGCAAGGUAGUUCGAAAGACAUAACAGGUUGUGGCGUGUAAAUGUGUAUGCCAACCGGGUACUAUUGUCAUGGUGGAAACGUGUACUUUUGAGCUGGAACAAACCUGUAUCCGCACAUGUUUUGUUCAGCUACUGGAUGUCGUGUUGUUUGUUUGUGGGUUGGUGUAGGAGGAAUGUUGUAUUGCGUACAGUGGGCAGUUAUUGAUGAUGUCAGUCGAAAUGGAAUCUAGAAUUCUAGUGAGCAUUCAAUUUAUAUCUUAUGUUUACCGUCAGCAUUGGUGUCCACUGGUCACCGACCAUGGAAACAUUAUCAGCAUCAGUUAAUAUUGUGUGUAUGUAUGUAUGUAUGUGAUGAUAUUGCAUUGCAGUCAUGAAGCCGAAAGAAUUGAACAAGAAUCGAAAGGUCGAUUGGAAAGGCAGAGGAUUGAAGAUGAGACGGCUGCUGAAGAAUCUCGACGCAAAUUGCUUGAAGUUCGAGUGCAACUAGCUGCCAUCGAAAGCAGUAGCCAAGCGAAGCAGAAGCAGAGAGUCGAGCUGAGGCGAACCGUAUUUCGAGUCAAGCUGCUGUAGAAGAAGCUAAACUUCGUGCUGAAGCUUUGUCUAUUGAAACGGUGAGGAGAUAAGUUUAUAAAUAUUUGCUUGCAUACAGUGUUGUUUGAUAGAUAACCUUAACGUGUAUAAAUUGAAUGACAAACUUUCAGCUGUGAAUUCUCAUUUUUCAAGAACUGUUUACUACUUUCUCGGUUUGUGGUCAUAGAUAGUUAGCAGUUAUGCAGAGGUGAUGAAUGAAGGUGGAGUAGAACUUGAUUUUGAAAAGUAUUUGAACUAGCUUGUGAAGCACCUGAUAAUUGUGGUGUGCCUGUUAGAUGGACGCAUGUCAAUGAAGGGUGAACUAUGGGUUUCAUUGAUGUGGUGUGUUGCAUCAUAGGUCUGAGCAGUGGUAUUCUAGAAGAUGUGCUACAAAAAAGCCUACAAGUAAUUGACUACUCAUGCUUUUGUAACACAUUGUAAAUGUAGUUCGACUGUGAAGUGUGAUUUGGUGUGAAACUGUGGAUGAGUAUGAGGAUGAUUAGGUGGAAUCCUAGCUGCACAAUGUAUUUUAAUGUAUAUCACAUGGGUAUGCUUGUGAAAUUGAAGUAGACAGGAUGAUGAGUAGAAGAAGGUGGGAUGGUAGUUUUGUUGUUUAAGAAGUAAGUGCAAGCUGUCUGUGUACCCAUCACAUAAUAGGCGUUUCUGACCCAUCUUGUCUUAUCGGAUUUGCACUCAUUUUGAUGAUGAGUUGAUGUAGGUGUGAAUGAAGUUGGGAGCAGUUGGACGAUAUGUUAAAUGCAAGGAGACCAUUUUUGCGAUUGGUUGAUAGAAGUAUUUACUCAGUAGACUUGAUAUUUUGCAUAAAAGACAAUUGAAGUGUUUUCAUGCACUACACUACACUGCACUGCAGUGUACUGGAUUGUAUUACCUACCGUAUUGAUGAUAAACUUUCUGAUUUCCACUUAUUUCUUGUUUUCAGAAUGCAGAGUUAGAAAGGCUGAAGCUAGCUCGAGCUGCUGAAAUCGCUUAUAUGAAGGAAAAGAAUGAGGUGGCUUUGAAGUAUAAGGCUGAUGAGAUGGAAAUUGAGAAGUCACGUUUUGUUACGAUGAUCAAUGCGAUAGGCACAGAUACCCUACGUGCGAUGGCAACUGCGGAAUCAGACCAUAAUUUGCGCAUGUUGAGCGCUUUAGGUCUACAGAGUACAUUGAUUACCGAUGGUACGACACCAGUGAAUUUAUUGAGCACUGCUCAUGGUCUUAUCGGUUCGGUUUUUGAAAAUCAUCCGUAAGCUAGCUAAAGAUGCAAGUGGUGGUGGUGGUGGUGGUGUUGGUGUUGGUGAUGACAAUGAAAAGGGCAAAUGAGUUGAUAGUGUUUGGAAGCAAACUUCUCAUUAUUGUUCUAUUCUUUUAAUUAGGAAUAUAUUUGAUCAUUCGCCAUGUGAUUCACUCAGUUGCUUUUGCUGUCUUUUGUUUUGGCAAACAAUCCAAUAUUUUCAUUUUUUGUAAUGUUUUAUGAUACUUCCUGUGAUCGACUGUGCAUCCUAGUGCAUAUAGGUUUUUAUCUAAUCUAUACAGUUUGUUCUCCUUUGUGAUACAUAUGUAUAUCCGCGUCUUUCAUAAAUCUGUUGUUUUU